AAACUAAAAGAUGGAGAAAUACAUAUAUUCAAUGCUAACACAACCAUGAUCCAUGACCGAAAAUGUUGUCCUCAUGGAGCAGUGGAAUAUGAUGAAGCAGGAAUUGAAUAUCCAAUUUGUACCUGCUAUAGGGAGACAAGUAAAUAUUGCGCUGAACAUAAACACGCAACAAACCCCUGCAAGUGUGAACCAGAAGAAGAAUUAUCUUUAGAGAAAAAGAAAGUAAAAAUUCUUGCCCAACAAAUUGAGAAAUAUGAAGUAACUGAGAAAUUGAUUUGGGAGAAAGAAACUUCAUUAUUUCACUGUGAAGGAUGUAAAGAAGUGGAAAGACACUAUGAAUACUGUACAGCAAGUAUAAUUUUGUGUCAUAAAACAAUAUACGAAAAUGAAAAAGAAAUUAGUAGAAAGAUAAAUGAGGAUCUAAAAGAAUAUAAAAAUUUAUUUGAAGAAUACGAAAGGAUGGAGAAAAAUAGAGAAAAAGAA